GUCUUCCAACAUGUAACAGAGUAGCUUAACAAAGAAAAAAAAAAGCCCACAUAAAAAAAGCGGUACCAUUUUUCUAAGGAUGGAACUAGAAUCUUCCCCUUUACAUCCUCAUGUAAUGCUUGUAUCUUUCCCGGGACAAGGCCACGUUAAUCCACUUCUUCGUCUCGGGAAGCUCUUAGCUUCAAAGGGUUUACUCGUCACUUUCGUCACCACAGAAUCAUGGGGCAAAAAGAUGCGAACCGCCAACAAAAUCCAAGACCGCAUCCUCAAACCGAUUGGUAAAGGUCACAUCCGGUUCGAUUUCUUCGACGAUGGUCUCCCCGAAGACGACGACGUGAGCAGACACGACUUCACUAUCUUCCGGCCACACCUCGAGCUGGUCGGACAACGCGAGAUAAAAAACCUCGUAAAACAUUACGAGGAAGUGACGAAACAGCCCGUGACGUGUCUCAUCAGCAACCCUUUCGUCUCAUGGGUCUGUGACGUAGCGGAAGAUCUUCAAAUCCCUUGUGCUGUUCUUUGGGUCCAGUCUUGUGCUUGCUUAGCCUCAUACUACUAUUACCACCACAAGCUUGUUGACUUCCCGACCAAAACUGAUCCCGAGAUCGAUGUCCAAAUCCCUGGCAUGCCUCUCUUGAAGCACGACGAGAUACCUUCUUUCAUUCAUCCUUCAACUCCUUAUUCCGCUUUGAGAGAAGUGAUCAUAGAUCAGAUCAAACGUCUUCACAAGCCAUUCGCUGUUCUCGUCGACACUUUCUACUCCUUGGAGCAAGAUAUCAUCGACCACAUGUCAAGUCUCUCUCUCCCCGGAGCUAUUAAACCGCUCGGACCGCUUUACAAAAUGGCCAAAACGUUAAUAUGUGACGACAUUAAAGGAGAUAUGUCCGAGACAACGGACCAUUGCCUCGAGUGGCUAGACUCGCAGCCUGUUUCCUCCGUUGUUUACAUCUCAUUCGGAACCGUCGCUUACAUAAAACAAGAACAGAUCAACGAGAUUGCGUUCGGUGUGUUAAACGCUGGCGUUUCGUUCUUGUGGGUGAUUAGACAACAAGAGUUAGGCCAUAACAAAGCGCGACAUGUUUUGCCUGAGGAAGUCAAGAAACAAGGGAAGGUCGUGGAAUGGUGUCAGCAAGAAAAGGUCUUAGCUCAUCCUUCCGUGGCUUGUUUCGUGACUCAUUGUGGAUGGAACUCAACGAUGGAAGCUUUAUCUAGUGGAGUCCCAACGGUUUGUUUUCCUCAGUGGGGAGAUCAAGUCACCGACGCGGUUUACAUGAUCGACGUUACAAAGACGGGAGUGAGACUCGGCCGUGGAGAGACGGAGAAGAGGGUGGUGCCUAGGGAGGAAGUGGCCGAGAGGCUGAGAGAAGUUACUAAAGGAGAGAAGGCGACGGAGCUGAAGAAGAAUGCUUUGAAAUGGAAGGAGGAGGCGGAAGCGGCGGUGACUCGCGGUGGUUCGUCGGAUCGGAAUUUUGAAGAGUUCGUGGAAAAGUUGGGUGCGAAACCUGUGGCUAAACAAAAUGGAAGUCUUCAAGAAUUGGAAAAGUCAUAAAUGUGUUCUGUUUUCUAUUUGUGUUUGUUUCUGUCAAUCCUUAAUUGUGUUUUGUAUGUAUGUUCCUAGUCGUUCUUUGUUUUUUUGUUUUCUUGCAUGGGGGUCUAGGGAGAAUUAUUAUCCUUUUGGAAUAAUGUUUGGUUCACGUGUUAUGUUA